AUGGAUGAUGUCAUUUUAUCAGAUUUUGUUAACAAUAAUCACAAUGAUGAUGGCGAUGACGAUGUUUGCGCAGUUACUACUGGAGAUUCAAGCAACCAUGCCAAUUUAACCACAACUAAUCAAAACCAGGACCUUGGUACUAUCACUACGGAUGGAAAAUGUAAAAUCCGUGAAUUAAGGUGUAAUAAUCAUCACUUUUCAAAUAAAAUGAAAGAAAUAUUUCGUUCCAAGUUUGGUUUACACAAAUUUAGAACUAAUCAAUUAGAAGCUAUUAAUGCUGCUUUACUUGGAUACGAUUGUUUUAUUUUAAUGCCUACUGGUGGAGGCAAAAGUUUAUGUUAUCAGUUACCUGCCAUUGUCAAUGAUGGAGUAACGGUGGUCAUAUCUCCUUUACGAUCCUUGAUUCAAGACCAGGUUCAAGGACUUCUUAACUUAGAUUUUCCUGUAGGUCAAUUCACAGGAGAAAUGACCAUGAAGGAGAAUAACGAAAUGUACCAAGAGUUAUAUAAGAGGAUACCAAGUAUUUCAUUGCUAUAUCUCACUCCUGAAAAGUUAAGCGCUAGUAGUAAACUCCUAUCCGUAUUACGUAGUCUACAUCUCCGGAAAAUGCUUAGUAGAUUUGUAAUUGAUGAGGCUCAUUGUAUAUCUCAGGUAACAACUUAUGCUAGCUGCAGUUUAUGCAUUUAUAAUAUUUCUUGCACUUAUUUACAGUGGGGUCAUGAUUUUCGUCCUGACUAUAAGAAAUUGUCGGCAAUUCGAGAGAAUUUUCCUGGUGUACCGGUGAUGGCCUUAACUGCUACCGCUACACCUCGUGUACGUAAAGAUAUUUUAAAUCAGUUGAAGGUGCCCAAUCCAAUUUGGUUUGUACAAAGCUUUAAUCGACCUAACUUACAAUACUCCGUAUUACCGAAAAAUAAAUGCACUGCGCAGGAAAUUAUCAAAAUCGUCAAUAGUCAAUUUCGUAACGAAUCUGGUAUUGUGUAUUGCUUAUCACGAAAUGAAUGUGAUCGUGUCAGCUCCACUUUACGUGAAGCUGGGAUUGCUGCUCUUUCAUACCACGCUGGUCUUGACGCAAAGGAAAGAACCAAUGUUCAAAAACGGUGGAUUACUGAAAAUCGUUGCAAAAUUGUGUGCGCAACUAUUGCUUUCGGGAUGGGAAUCGAUAAAGCUGACGUUAGAUUUGUCAUCCAUUAUUCUCUUCCAAAAUCCACAGAAGGCUACUAUCAAGAAUCUGGACGUGCAGGUCGUGAUGGAAUGCUAGCUAAGUGUAUUCUUUUCUAUACUUAUGGGGAUGCGUGUCGAAUUAGACGAAUGAUCAAUUCAGAAAGGGACCAAAAUCAGGAAACUAAACGUGUUCAUCUAGAUAAUCUUUAUCGAAUGGUUCAAUAUUGCGAAAAUGUGUCUGAUUGUCGACGUGUUCAACUAUUGGAAUACUUUGGUGAAUCUACUUUUAAGAGGGAAACUUGCCGUAAUAACAGAGCUACAUCUUGUGAUAAUUGUUUAUCAACGGAACUUUACAAGACCGUUAAUAUGACUCAGGAUGCAAAAGCUAUUAUACAGUUCGUAACAUCCAUUGACGUUGGACAACCUACGAAUAAAGGACGACGGAGAAGUUUUAACUUUAGCCAGCGCUAUACACUAAAUCAUGUAGUGGAUGUAUUUAAGGGAUCAUCAUCGAGUCGUAUUGCUCAGGCUGGUCACAACGAAAGUAACUUAUUUGCUCGUGGAAAGAGCUAUACUAAACAUGAUGCGGAACGUUUAUUACGUUUGAUGGUAUGCGAAGGGUAUUUACGAGAAGAUUUAGUUGUAGGCCACCACGAUAAUGUGAUACUGUAUGUAGGAAUUGGGCAAAAGGCCAAUCAAAUCCUCAGCAAUAGCCAAGAGGUAUCAACCAAUUGUAAAUUGCAAAGCAAGAAAUUGGAUAAAUCAGUCGGAAAGAAUGAUACCCAACAAACACGCCAUAAUUUCGACAUGUACUACAAAGAAUUAGUUAAUACUUGCAAGCAGCUAGGAUUACAACACAACAUGACACCGCAGAACAUUUUUAGCUUCGCAACUCUACGCGAGAUGGCAGAAAAGCAGCCAACGUCUGAAGAAGAAAUGCUAAAAAUAACUGGCGUCACAAAGACUAAAUUAAAGAAAUUUGGACCUUACUGCUUAAAGGUUAUUGAUCAGCUAUCCGUUAAAGCACGAAAAAAAAGUCAAUUGAAUAUUAGCGUUGAGGCGGGGACACUAGGUAUACAACUUGUUUUUAUAUAA